ACGGAGCUCGGCGGCUGCGGCCCUUCUCCAAGACUGCAGCAUGGUGCUCGGCGGCUGCGGCAACGGAGCUGAUGGAGCGCGAGCCGACCAGUUCAACGGAGGCAGUAGCACGGGGCAGCGGCAGCAGCAUGGAGGGCGUCCGCUUGACUGGAAAGAGAAUGUAUUUGUUGAUAGUGAGAGUGAGGAUAAUGAUGGGGUGAGUGAGGAUGGGGAAGAUGCUCCAUCCAUGCAUGAUCAGCAAGAGGCGCAAAUGCAAGUGGAAAAAGAGACACAAAUUCAAGUGGAAAAGGACGCACCUCCAAGAGAUGGCAAUUUGGAGACCCGUAGGUCUGUACGGCUUGUCAAGAAGAAGACCAAGGGCGUCAAUAGCCUAUACCCUGUUGCUUAGAAAUCUGUUGGCAAGUCUCUUCUUUCUAGUGUUUUGUGAUUCAUGAUAAUUGCUUAGAAAAUUUUAGUUACUUGGAGCUGCUAGUUUCUUAGAUGUAUACACUUUCUAUCCAUGCCUAGCCUUCGUUGUCAUGUUAAGCAAUGUAUUUAUGUUAUCCUGAAAUGUUACCACUUGACUAUUGUUGCACUAGACACCUCCAUGUUAGUCCAUUUUAUUUCAUUAUGCACAAAGUGGAAGAAGAAAAUUCUGAUGUUGAACUACAUCCAUCCUGAUUUUCCUUUUGUAUGACAAUUGACAAAUGGCUAGUCCAAGCCAACAGUGGGCUGUUUGUGUCUAUGUUGUUUUCUUUGUAUCCUUAGAGUUUUGUUGUGCUCGAGUAAAAAAUGUAAACUAGAAUUCAUCAUUCUAGUAUAUGGAGGCAUUUAACCUUUGCUCCUGAAGCUUUUUGGUGAAUAAAAAACUAUAUUGCUGUAGUAGAUUUGUUAUUUGAUUCAUGAGCAUGCAUAAAUUUGACUAUUGUUCUACUAGCCACUUGUCCUGUUAGUCCAUUUUAUUUUUAAUGCACAAAGUGGCAGAAGAUAAUUCCGAUGCAGAACUACCUCCAUCCUGACCCUUCCUCUGUUUUCUCUAAACCAUAAAUGGCACUUGAAGAAUAACUAAGGAUAUCAAGAAGCUUUUGGAUGUAGGCAAGCUUGGAGCUGCUGUUUCAAUGUCAUACUUUGAUAGUUGCCUUUUGGAGCUGUUGUUUCUAUGUGUAAUACUUUAAGUCUGUUGGCUCUACCGGACUAUUUAAACUCUGAACUAUGCUGUGAUGGUUGAACUGA